AUGAGCGGAUUUCAUAAUGUCGGAAAUAUCAAUAUGAUGGCUCAACAACAAAUGCAACAAAACAGGAUAAAAGUCAGCGUAAGAAACUGGCAGAAUGCUACCAUGAACGAUUUAAUCAAUUUUAUAAGUCGGAAUGUACGAGUGGCUAUUCUUGAUGCACAUGUGGAAGGACCAUUGGUUAUUGGAUAUGUUAAUUCAAAGACCGAAGCUGAAUCAUUAAUGAAGUGGAACGGCGUUCGUUUUGCAGGCAGUAAUUUGAAGUUUGAACUUUUAGACGGCAAUGGAGCUUCUGCAGGAACUUCAGAUACCAUUUCAUUUUUGAGGGGAGUACUACUCAAAAGGUAUGAUCCUCAGACAAAAUUAUUGAAUUUAGGAGCCUUACAUUCUGACCCUGAACUAAUCCAAAAGGGUGUUUUCAGUUCUAUAUCCACUCAAUCUAAGAUGUUUCCAGCAAUGAUGAAAUUGGCAUCUACUGAAAGGAGUUUGAUAGUAGAAAGUGUGAAUCUUGCUGAUAACCAACUAAAGGAUAUAUCCGCAAUUUCCACGUUGGCCCAAACAUUUCCUAAUUUGAAAAACCUUUGUUUAGCCAACAAUCAGAUUUUUAGAUUUAGAUCGUUAGAAGUUUGGAAAAACAAAUUCAAGGACUUGAGAGAACUUUUGAUGACAAACAACCCGAUCACCACUGAUAAAUUGUAUCGCACCGAAAUGUUAAGACUAUUUCCGAAGUUGGUUGUACUAGAUAAUGUAAUUGUAAGAGACGAACAAAAAUUGCAGAGCGUUUAUUCAUUACCAAUGAAGAUCCAACAGUUUUUUUUUGAAAAUGACGCAUUAGGGCAAUCAUCUACUGAUUUUGCAACGAACUUUUUAAACCUAUGGGAUAAUAACAGAGAACAGUUGUUAAAUCUAUACACGCCGCAAUCCCAAUUUUCUGUUUCUGUUGACUCCACCAUUCCUCCUUCAACAGUAACUAACUCGGAUCAAACUCCAGCAUUUGGUUAUUACAUGUCAUCUUCGCGUAAUAUAUCCAAGGUAUCCAGCGAAAAAUCCAUCCAACAAAGAUUAUCAAUUGGACAAGAAUCUAUCAAUAGUAUAUUCAAGACAUUGCCAAGAACGAAACAUCAUUUACAGGAUCAACCUAAUGAGUACUCCAUGGAAACAAUUAGUUAUCCUCAAAUUAAUGGGUUCGUCAUUACGUUGCACGGAUUUUUUGAAGAGACUGGCAAACCUGAGCUUGAACCUAACAAGAAAACGGGGAAAAACAACUAUCAAAAGAAUAGAAGAUACAACCACGGUUACAAUUCCACAUCCAAUAACAAAUUAUCCAAAAAAUCCUUUGAUAGAACGUGGGUAAUUGUUCCAAUGAAUAAUAGUGUCAUAAUUGCAUCUGAUCUAUUAACCGUGAGAGCAUAUUCCACGGGGGCUUGGAAAACCACAUCUAUUGAAGUACCACAGCCAGUACCACAACAACCUUCAGCACUACCACAGGUCGCAAGCAUGAGCGCAAGCAUGAACCCAACUAUAACGACACCACCCCAACCACAGCCUUCGGUUGUACCAGGGGCAAUAAACAUGCCCGGUACGCCCCAGGGACCGAUGGUCAUGGCACCCACGUUGCAACUACCACCGGAUGUCCAGUCGCGGCUAAAUCCCGUACAACUCGAGCUGCUGAAUAAACUGCAUUUGGAAACGAAAUUGAAUGCAGAAUACACGUUUAUGUUGGCGGAACAGAGUAACUGGAACUACGAAGUUGCCAUAAAGGGCUUCCAGAGUAGUAUGAAUGGCAUUCCCAGAGAAGCAUUUGUACAGUUCUAG